AUGCCUCCCAGACUAUCUCCGCUGUGGGGCAGUAUGCCGUUCUUGGAGAGCCGCCAGACCGUUAAGCGUUGCCCUCCCGUUCCUCAACUUGAGAUUCCCUGGCUCAUGCUCCGUUCACACCCGUUCUCUCUCAAAGAUCAUUACUUCUUGAGUCUAAGUGACAACAAAACUCACAAGUCGUCGUCGUUUGGCUCUAACGAUUAUAUAAGCAGGCGAGAUUGUGUUGGUUCCAUCGAGGGGUGGUUGAUUAUGGUUGAUAGUGAAUUUUGGCGUCCCGAGGGUUUUUUGUAUCCGUGGUCAUUCUGCUUGCACGCCUUGCAAGAUUAUCAUCUCAAGUACCCUUAUACUACCCUCAACUUCUUCUUGAACCCAAUUUCAGGUGUUCGGGUCAUGCUGCCAUCACAAUCCACCAUUCCAUACAUGUACGGCACCAGAGCUUUCUUUUUCAAGAAAGUGGUAGCCUCUUCAUUGCCGUUGCUAACGACGUCCUCGUGGUCAAAAUCAGAUGAUGAUCAUCAUCGUCAUCAGAUAAUAAACUCAUCAUGUCUUGUGGCUGGCCUUUGUGGGGAAGGCCUUUAUUUGGCCCUUUGUAGACCAACAGAUAAAUCAUGGACCCUCAUUGAGCCAGUGCUAGAGGCACAGUUUUUGAUCGUGUACGAUCUCCAAAUGUUACAUGCUGAAGGCCAUGCCAAUACCGGGCCUCCUGGUAAUAUGUACAGCGGGCCACCUCAAAAGUUGGUUAUGCUUCAUCCAAGGCCAGUACGUUCCCUGUCCUCUAACACUACCGGUGGCGUCGUGUAUGUUACCGAAAAGUUAAGCCCUCGCUUAGCAAAAGAUCCUACAACAAAGGAGCUGUUUAUGAUUCUCCAUAACACUAGUUUUGCUUAUGAAAAGGAUCCAAUAAUUCCCCAGUCCCUCUUAGGUCACAAUUAUGUCAUUCCACCUCAAACUAAAGGAUUUCAAGUGUUCAAGCUUGAAGGUAACAACAAUGAUCCUGAGUGGGUAGAAGUUGAAGACCUCGGCGGUGAUAGGGAUAUUGUUCCUGAGCAAGGCAAGCAACAAGCUCAUCGCUGCUACAAGCCUCAGUCUCAGUUAUGGCGAUUAUAA